UGUGUGUGAAAGUAUUAUUAGUCAAAUGAAUCACCCUAAUGUGAUGGUUACCGUCAACUACACGUGACCGAGUUCGAAUUUGAGAACUGCUUCCAUGGCAUUUCGCGCACUUGGCCACUCCAAAACCACACUCCCCAAGUCAUGCUGCAAUAUCAUAUUCACACACUCUUCCUCCUUUUCUUCCACGUGCCGGCGGAGAAGCUCUUCUCCGCCCCCGCCGCAAUCUCCGCCGUCUCCGAAGAAGGUGCCAUUCACGGUGUCGGUUCACGGUAAGACGUGGCAGGACCCAUAUCACUGGAUGUCCAACGUUGAUGACCCGAAUUUGAUGGAGCAUCUCCACCGCGAAAACGUCUACGCCGAUGGCUUCAUGGCUGACAGUCUCAAACUCCGUUCACUUCUGUCCUCUGAGAUGAAAGCACGGUUACCGCCCACCGUUUCUACUCCCCCUGAACGUUGGGGACCCUGGAUGUAUUACCAGUAUAUUCCAGAGGGAAAGGAAUAUCCUGUACUCUGUAGGAGGCUGGAAAUUGAGAAAACUGGUUGGCUGAAGAAUUUUUUUUUUCAUUAUGGAAUGACAAGAUCAGAAAGGGAGGAGAUUUUACUUGACUGGAAUGAACUUGCAGAGAAAUAUGGGUAUGUCAAUGUUGGAACAUGCAGAGUUUCACCUGACCACAACUACCUUGCAUACACACUUGAUAUUUCUGGUGGGGAACAAUACACACUUCAGGUAAAAGACCUCAGAAGUGGAUUAAUAGACCCAAAAUCAAAAGUUGAUGGUGCUGUUAGUUUGGCAUGGGCUCAAGAUGCAAGCUCUCUGUUUUAUACUCAAUCGGAUGAAAAUCAGCGACCUUACAGAGUUCUCUGCAGAAAACUUGGAUAUGACCAUCUGUAUGAAUUUCCAGUAUUUACUGAAAAUGAUUCCAGUUUUUGUGUGGACAUAACAAGCACGAAAGAUGGGAAAUUCAUAACAGUGAAUUCAAACUCAAGAACUUCAUCCGAGGAAGGGAUUUACUUGUCUUGUUUUAUGAAUACAGAAUGAGAUUAUUCUUUUCUAGUGAUUUGUUGAUCUUGAUUCUUAUCUCAGGUUUAUGUUAUAGAUUCCGUCAAUCCAUCAAACGGUUUACAGAAGUUAUGUCGUCGUACUUCUUGUGUACAGUACUUUGUGGAACACCACUCUGGUUUAUUUUAUAUUCUUACCAAUGCUCCUCUUCCUGAUUCCCAGUGGUCUGGUCAAGGUUAUUACCUCGUUAGAUGCCGGGUUGAAGAUAUAGAGUCAACUAAAUUGCAGAAUAUCAUCCUUCCAGACAAUGACAUGGGCAUAUAUGAUAUGGACAUUUUUGAUGGAUAUUUGGUUCUUUUCUUCAAUAAGAAAGGUUUUCCUAUGCUAUGCUCAUUGAACUUUCCUUUGCAAAUUGAUUUGAAGCAUCAAUCAUAUAUUCAAGACCUGAAACCAUGGUACUUUCCUCUGCCAUCAAAUACAUGCAGUGUCAGUCCAGGUUCAAAUCAUGACUUCCUCCGUGUGGUUUACCGUGUGGUUCUUUCAUCACCCGUGAUGCCAGAUUUAGUUGUUGACUAUGACAUGUCGAAACAUACAUACUCUAUUGUGCAUCAAGAGGAAGUGAACUGUGAUUCUGUUGGUUGGUCGUCCAUCCCAACUUUUGAGCUAAAUAGGAGUACAAUUCAAGAGGCAUGUAGUGAUAAGAAAGAAUGUGCCACGAAUUUUAGUUCACAGAGAUGGAAAGACUUUUCUCAAAUAUACUGUUGUCAGAGGGAGGAAGUUAUUUCCCAUGAUGGUGUAAUGGUUCCACUAACCAUUGUGUACUCUAGACAAUCCUGGAAGAAGGGUCAAUCCCCUGGACUCUUAGUAGGCUAUGGAGCGUACGGAGAAGAUCUGGAUAAGAGCUGGUAUUCAGAUCGCCUGAGUUUACUGGACCGUGGUUGGUUAGUGGCAUUUGCUGAUGUAAGAGGUGGUGGUGGUGGAGGUCCUUCAUGGCAUAAAUCUGGGAGUGGAUUAAACAAACAGAAUUCAGUAUUUGAUUUUGUAUCCUGUGGCAACUACUUAGUUAAUAAGGGUUAUGUUCAGAGUGAUCUUCUUUGUGCUAUUGGGUGGAGUGCAGGCGGCCUUCUGGUUGGUGCAGCUGUGAAUAUGUGUCCCCAACUCUUUCGUGCUGUUAUAUUAAAAGUACCAUUUCUUGAUAUAUGCAACACAUUGUUGGAUCCCAGUCUACCACUCACACUUUUGGACUAUGAAGAAUUCGGAAAUCCUCAGCUACAAUCAAAUCUGGAUUCUAUUCUUAGUUAUUCUCCUUAUGACAACAUUCCUCCAAACAGUUGUUUUCCUUCAGUUUUGGUUACGGCAGCAGUUAAUGAUUCAAGGGUUGGAGUUUGGGAAGGUGCUAAAUGGGUUGCUAAAGUACGAGAUGAUACAUGCCCUCGUUGUUCCCUUACUGUCAUCAUGAAAACAAGUAUGGUAGGAGGGCAUUUUGGCGAAGGUGGUCACUAUGCUCAAUGUGACGAAACAGCAUAUGAGUAUGCUUUCCUCAUGAAAGCUCUUGGAAUAUCAAUAGAAUGAGUAUAAUAUUUCUUAGUUAAUCGGUUUGGAGAAUAUCAGUGAAAGGCUUCCUUUGGGUCAACGAAAAUUUUCUGUCCGUCUAUUGCACUGUUUUAUACCUUGGCUCCAUAGACGCAGAUAAGUUUGAGCAUAUAUUAUUAUCAAUGUAGAGGCAUAUCAUUAAACUGUCUUGUAUCUUUCUUUCAGAGUAGGUGUCUAUCUCCACGUCACAAUGUUUUACAUUGCAUCAUUGUUUCUUGAUUUAUGUUGUUUUCCGUGGCUUAUCAACACAGAAGAAAGGCAACUCAAUGCAUGCUUACUUUGCUAGCGUCUAA